AUGAGCCCUACAGAGCGUUUACGUGCCACCAUAACAGAGGCCAUGCUGCUACAUCCGCCUGAGGAUGAGGAGGACGAAGAAGAGGAUUUUAAUGGCAACUCUAACGAGGAUGAGGAGAUGGAUGAGAAGGCAGCCGCCAAGGCGCAACAGGUGGACGAGGCCGAGCGACGCCGCAUUGCGACACUUCGCGAGGAGUAUCGCUUUGCCACACAAUUACUGAAAUUACGUCUUUUAAAUGGGGUAUUCCCGUCGAUCCCAAAAGACGAGGAUGAGGAGGAGGAAGAAGAAAAAGAAGAGGACGACGAUUACGAAGAUAAGACGCCAAGGCAGGGACAAACUAUGGGUGUGAAAGCAGACGUUGUGGAGGAAUUGCCACCACCGACGAUUCGUUAUUUUGAUGAGGUGAUGGCUGUGAUGGUCCGCUGGCGGCUGCGACAGGAGGACUGCAGAAAUCAAGGCUACAUCCUUGAGUCCUUUCCGGAGACGGUGCGUCAGGCCUGGCUGACGUUUAUGGCCGACACGGAGGAGCAGAAGGAGAUGCAGAGGCCGAAGUUACAGAAGGAUCGUGACGCGGAGGAGGAACCGCGCCCACCACCUGACGCAGGUUUCCCACUGCCUGUUCUUACUGACCUGGGGGAGGAGCAGCAGCGGGAUAUUUUGGAUUUAAUGGCCGGACGGACAUUUGCAUCUGCGGAGGAGGUCUUGGCCCCUACAAAUGAUGCCUUUUUUCCGGAUUGCUUUAUUGUCUUGACAGGCAGUGAAAUUGUUCUUCGGUCACAUAUAGAUGCUGCAGCUGUCGAUGCUUCUCAUGCCGACGCAAUGUCGGACAUAUCUGAGCUGUUUACGCGUUACAUGACGCACAAUCGUCCUGGUGCCCCACCGACAGAGUCACUUGUCUGUUGGUUUCAGACGGUGGUGGCAGAGAAGGAGGAGCGUGAAGUACCUGAUAGUGGUGAUGCAGAGGCAGGAGCAAGGGUGGAGCAGUUACCCCGAAAGGCGUGUGUCUUAUUCGUACCGGUACUUUCCACUACUCCUGCAGCUGUGUUGCCAAGGGCAUUUUCCCAAGAGGAGGUAUCGGACAUGGAGGCCUACUGUGCCCACAUACGGUGUGAAAUCCUUAAUAACGUUGGCCUUGGCAGUUGUAGCCCUGUGAUAGAAUCCAUGCGGGCUGAAGAGGAGGCGACGCAGCGUUGGUUGCAGGAGUUUACUCUUGAGCACGAGAUACUAGACAAAUUGUAUGCCUCUGAGGAGGUUUUUGCUGCCCGUACACGCAAACUAGAGGACGUUGCCAUGGAUGAUGAGCGACGGGCGUUGCGGUAUUAUCAGGCAAAGGAGGAAUUAGCCUCAAUUGCCAGCAUUGACACUGUUCCAGUGAAUAUGUAUUUGAUGCGGUAUGUGCUGCCUAGUCUGACACCGCUGAUGGCGGAGGUGGUGCGGAUGCGCCCAGAAGACCCGGUAACUGUCUUGGCGGACGCCCUGUUUCACUACAAGAGGCAAAUAGAGCUCUGA